AUGAAGCUAUUCCUUUUGGUUGGCCAUAUUGGUCUCACUAUCAGUUCAUUGACUGAGUUUACGAAUAUACAGUGCAAAACCUUAGAUAAAAGUGUUGCGGAAUUUGAAUAUUGUUACAUUAAAGCUGUGAAUCGAACUUACAAAUAUAUUUCCCUUAAAGUAAAAAUGAAUCAACUGCCAAUAACAACUACCAAGGUAAACAUUGCAUUACUCAAACGAUAUAAUGGUUAUAAGCCAUUCCUUUACAAUUAUACAGUCGAUGGUUGUAGAUACUUGGAAAAUCCCGAUCAAAAUCCCAUAGCAAAGUAUUUUGGCGAUUUAUAUCUACCAUUUACCAAUAUAAAUCACUCAUGUCCCUUUAAUCAUGACAUUAUAUUGGAGAAACUCAAUAUUCAGUUUUUAAAUAAUCAUCUUACUAAAGUUUUGCCGUUUCCUGAAGGUGAUUAUUGUUUGUCAAUGAUAUGGUCUCUAAAUAAUGCGAGGGUUUUGAUAAUUAAAACAUAUGUAGCACUAUCAAAGAUCGCAAAUUGA